UUCCUAUCCCACCUGCGCAAAGGUGGUUGCUAAGGAAGUGACGAAAUUUGCGUUUUGUUCCCUCGAUGCCAGAGACGACGACAAAUGCAACAGAUUUCGCGUGGGCGCGCGUUGAGCCAGUCGCUCUACGGUGCGAAGCGCAGCUGUUGCGCGUGAAUGAGCUUCGGGGCACUGCGGCCUUCAUUUACUCCUGUUGAUCACCACCACUUCAGCCGAGCCAAGCCAAGCUCGAAACUUCCAAACAUCCUGUUUUUCAUUUCGGUCAUCGGAGGGGUGGCCGAGCAGUUGCAGUUGGGUCGUGUGCGGGUAGGUCUUGGCUCAUCCGGCGUAACGCCAACGCGGCUUCUGUAAUGCUCAUCGCCACGGGUCUGCUGAUCGAGUUUUUCUUGGCACUUCUGAUCGCACGCACCGAAGCUGUCACUUGGCACGAGCUGAAGGCUGCCCUGGGCAAGCGGAGGCACCUGCAGUGGGUGCGUGACUUGCGGCCUUUGGUUCAAGAUCAGCUGCUGUAUGCGGGUGAGCUCCCUUUGGGGGAGCAGGAGACCUUCCACGAUGUGCUGCGCAACAUUCUCGUGCCCCGCACUGUUGGCAGCCAGGGCCACCACAAAGUGCGACAGUUCCUCCGUGAGUCAAUGGAGCAACUUGACUGGCAUGUGGAGGAGGACAAGUUUGAGGCCUCAACGCCACAUGGCAACAAGGUGUUCAGCAACAUCGUCGCCACCUUGGACCCCUCGGCCUGCCACCGGCUGGUGUUGGCCUGCCACUACGACUCCAUGGUCCACAAGCGCGGGGUGUUCCUGGGUGCCACCGACUCUGCGGUGCCCUGUGCCCAGCUGAUCUACUUGGCCACAGUGCUCGACGACAAACUGAAGGAGCAGAAAAGGCGGGGUGAUGGCCUGACCCUGCAGUUCAUCUUCUUCGAUGGCGAGGAGGCAUUUGUGCGCUGGAGCUCGAGCGACUCCCUCUACGGCUCACGCCACUUGGCGUCCUUGUGGCACCGCAACAGCACCCAGGGUUACAGCCUCGAGGGUUGCUUGCCUCGCUCCGACAUCACCACCCAGAUCGAUCGCAUGGAGGUGAUGGUGCUCUUGGAUUUGCUGGGUGCGCCCGAACCACGCUUCUACAGCUACUUUGUUGACACAAGACCUGUAUACGACCGGUUCGUGGAUAUUGAGAGCCGGCUGAAUGACAUAGAUGCCAUGGAGACCAGGUGCAGCCGAUGCCGGACCAAUUACUUCAUCAACUCAUCGCAGCUAGCUCUCAUUGAAGAUGACCACAUUCCAUUUUUAAGGAAAAAUGUGCCCAUUGUGCACGUGAUACCCAAUCCAUUCCCAAGCGUCUGGCACACCUUGGAUGACAAUGCAGAGAACCUGGACCAUCCAACCAUCAACAACCUGAACAAGAUAUUCAAGGCCUUUCUCACCGAGUACCUCCGUCUCUGAUAGCUGAAUCGUUUUCUAUUAUAUUAAUAUUAUUAUUAUUA